GUUUGUAACUAGCGUCAUGAUACUGCGACAAUGGGUCUCGUUGAAAGUUGUCUUCGCGGCCGGUCGGCAUUACCUGGGCUCAGGGCAGGCCCAACUCAUUUGUUAAUAGCUGAAGAGCUUGCGCCAACAGUUUGUCGGAUAAAGAUCGACCCGGAUAAGGUGCUCCUAAAGUUGCAGCAAGAGAUAUCGGUUGCAGCGCCAGCAUUCCAACGGUGCAAUCGCUUCCUGGCUGCCAUCGUGGCUACGAAUGUGUGCCAAAAAGCAAGUCUAUACGGUUUGGUUGACAGCGACUCCAUUGAUGGUUUCGUCCUCCUUGCUUCCAACGGUCCUCUGACCGCCGCUGGUACAGUUCCCCAGCAAUGGUUGUGGUCAUUACUGAGCAAGAUGCUAGAGAUGCAGGGCCCUGUAUUCCAAACCCCCUCCCAAACCAGCAAUCCCUCCUGCGGCAAACGCCCCUCCAACGCACCGGACGGCAGCCCCCAGUUGGUCAUCUGUGCAGUCCCCCUCUUUGAAGGCAGCACCAUUGCAGGAGCCCUUCUCCUGGAGGGCCCCUCCCUCGCAGCUACCUCCUCCUCCUCCUCCUGCUCGCCUCUCCCCUCACAACAGCCUCCGCAGCACUCACCCGCCACCCCCACCACCAGCUGCAAAAAACACGGCAACCACAAACCCACCACCACCACCUCCCCCGCCCCGUUUCUCACCAGCAACAACACCGCCCCUCUGCUUCAACAGCUCGGUUUGGCUCUCUCCGUGGGGCUUGGUUCCGACACGCAGGAGCUCCGCUGGAUGGCGGCCGCCCUGCGCCGUGUUGCCGCCGCUGACAGCAUGCAUGCGCUGGUGUGGGAGCUGUGUGAGGACGUGGCGGCCUUCGUACGGCGGCAGUUCAUCGUCCAGGCCAGUGUGCGAGCGGCGCUGCUACCCAGUGCGGAGGCGACGGUGGGGCUGCUCUUCCAUGCGCAGCCGGGGUUGUAUCAGGCGGGGUCCUUGGGGUACGGAUCUGUCGGUUAUCAACAGCAGCAGCAGGGCCUGCAGGGGCAGCAGCAGCAGCAGCAGCAGGGAGGGUUACAGGGCCGGACUCAGGCGACCGCAGCCUCCGCAACCGCAGCCUCCGCAACCGCAGCCUCCGCAACCGCAGCCAGUCGUACCGUUGUCGUUCCACUGCCACCCCACAUGACCUCCGACGCGCCCUCCCCCAGCCUGCAUGCACAAGCCUUUCCCCUCAACCACACCGUGCUCCAGGCACUGUCAGCACCCGCUGGCAGGGACCCGCAGCAGCCCCUUCGCGGCGCCAGUAUCGAGGAUGUGGCGCUGUAUGUCCAGAACGUGCACAGUCCCUCUCGUGACGUCAGCCUGCUCAUGGGAGUUACCGCGAAUGCUGCUGCACCCCGGGUGCUGGCCGCUGCUGCUGCUGCUGGUGCUGCGGGCACACUGGGAUCGCCAAGGGGUCCCUGCGCGCAGAUCCCCGCAGGCGGUGCCACAGCAGGAGGUGGAACGAGCGGCAGCAAUGUCAGCGGCGUGGGCAAUGGAGGCGGCGGCGGCGGUGGUGGUGGUGGUGGGGGUUCACUUCAGUCGCUGGUGGUAACGGGCAUGCGACUGGGGGGCAGCGGUAACAGUGGCAGCAGCAGGGGAGGCGGCGGCAGCAGCAGCAGCGGGUGCGGUGGUUCUGUGCUUGCCUUCUACCUGUGCUUCCCCAAUCGGCUGCCCGGGGAGCUGCUGGAGGCGGUGCGGGGGAGCUGCGGGGUGAUGCUGGAGGAGUGCUACCGUGCGGCCCUUUCCUCAGGUCUUCAUGCGGCCGGUGCAAGCCAAGCUGGAAGGCACCCUGGCACCCGAAUUCACCACCCUUCGCUCCACCGCACCAGGGCACUUUGCCGUGCUGCGCAGGCGCAGCGUCUCCCAUGAACCCUCGGCCACCGGCGGCAGCAGCAGCUGCAGCCCUAGACCUGUAUCGCAGGGCGGCAUGUGCAGCAGCAGCAGCAGUACCAGCGGCCGACCUCGGCCUAGGUCGCUGGUAGUCCCGCGCUUCCUGAACCUCCCCUGCUUCUCCUCUUUGAAGCAUGGCGUGGCGCCUGCCACCGCUGCGGGUGCUGCUACCGCUGCGGGUGCUGCCGCGGGUGCUACCGGACAUGCG